CUCGCCGCGCGCCACAACGACGGUCGGACAUCGGCGUUGACUCUUUCCACUUGCCGAGCGUGUCGUCCGAUUGCCCGAGAGAUCGAUUCUUUUCUACUUGUUUCGCCGCCGCCGGUGAUUUUUGUCAUUGCCGUGCGCGAAAACGUCGUUCCUCUUGUCGCGAAAGCGAGAAUUCAUCGAUCUGCUUCGCUUUUCCGUCUGUCACUUACUUCUAAAGUGUCCCCCCUCCCCCAUUUUUUUUUAAAAAGUGCCUCGUGAUACAUGAUUUUGUCAGUCGCAUUACGCUGGACAAGGAUUUCUGAGCGGCGACGGGACGGAAACGAUCUUAUCAUGUGACAUGGAAGCUCGAUCGGGCACAAAUAACUCAGGCUUCUCGGUACGUCUCGUUCAAUGCUCUGUUUUGUUGUCUCGAUCGAGCGACGCUCUUCGUUCAGUCAAGUGUGCUGGAGAGGUGCGCUCUUGGUGUUGCGCCCCGUGAUCAGUGAAAAUAAUUCGUCGAAUGUGUGCCGAAUUUUGUGCUGAUGCGAUAUCGAUGGGCGGACGCGUAACGGAAACGAUUGCUUUUUUACGUGAACUUGCAUUGCUUUCAAAGCCGAAAUUUACCUUCUUCGAAAUUGACAUGCAACAUAAUUGUUACGAUAAGCUAUCUUUGAAAGCGGAUACAAUUUUCUAUAACGAUUCUAUUGACGAAAGAUCAAGCGAAUAAUGUUCGACACGAAUUAAUUUAUUAUCGGCUUAAAUCGUAAUGAAAGUCUGCGCGCAAGAAAAUAUCUCCUCUCAUUCGCGAGUGAAUUUGCAUAAGUGGAAAAUUCUUUUGGUAGCUUUCCCUUACGGUUUUGCCCUCGAUCGUACUGAUUCGUAUUCUCGCUGAGCAGUUCUUCGCAUUUCGGGACUCGAUCUUACGGCGGGCCGGAUUAACCGUAGUGAUGACAGUGCGAAAAUAAGGGAGUGUCCGAGAGGAAUUUUUAUUCGGACGCGCGGUACCCCGUACCUGGAUAACGAGCAGGGGCGCUAAUUUUAUCGUCGAUAAUUGGCGCACGUGACACGCGUGUGACACGAGAAAACGCCAAAAGAAAGGAUAGAAUGGAGAAGUAUCGGCCGGAAAUCUAAGGCUGCAGAGCCUUCCUAAGAGGGAGUAUCGAGGCCGAACCGACGACCCGAAGAAAAAGAAACCGGUCACUUAUCGAGCCUUCUUCACCAAUGGUUUUCAACCCGCAAACCCCCUCGAAACUCCCUUUCACGUUCCGGAAAGCCGCGUUAUCGCCGGAUAUCAACCCGGACUGCAUCCCCGGAAUAACGCCUCAUCCGUUCAUGCGUACAGAGUGAAGCACUCGCUUUUCCAGGAAGAAGAGGUACUCGCAGAUUCUAGUUCAAAGGAUUUCUUUGUCGAGAAGAAUCGAUCUCGAUGUGAUAUUCAGUGGCAAACAUCAUUAUUUGGAAAAGCACGAAGCGACAGUAGUGUGGAUGUUCCGAACGUUAAUCGAUUCUGUUCGAGAGGAUUCUGAAUAAACGGUCACGACAGAGAGAUGAAAUCCAAUGGAAACGUACCUUGAAAGAAAAUUCCUAUCUUGAGAUUUCCGCGAUCAAGCGACAAAGUGCUCGUAAAGUAAAAAAAUCGUGAACAAAACGACGAAAUUAAUAUCGCCUUUUAUCGUCAAAGCGGGGUCAUCGCUGAAGUACGGGCCGUCGGAGCUUCUGCGAACGUCCAUCGACAGGAGUUUGACAGGAGUGAACCCAUUCAGUCAGACUCCGACUCGACAGGAAUUGAUAACGAGCCGCUGCUUGAAUCCAAGCAGUCCACUCCGCAUGAGGAUUCCGUUUUAGCUAAAUCCUCCGAUCGCGAGAGCAGAAUCCACUUGCUCCACGUGUAUCCGAUUUCCCCGCUGUCACCACUACUGUCAAGCGUAUCUUUUUUCCAUUCUAAAAGGCGAACUACAUGCGGUUGAAGUGCUACUUUUCGGUUGCAAAUGCCACGUAAUCUCAUACAGAGCGAAGAAGGGACGAAGAAGGGGGCAAGUUGGCCGCUAUAUCGAACGCUCUUCCAUCUGUCCCGCUUUCCCGUCAAUCGGGAAUGAACGCCGAGCGAAAUUCACUCAUGCGUGAAGAGUGAGACAACGGAAGUUGCACGAUCGGAAGUACGCGUCCCGAUGGGACGGAGUCACAUUUCUAGAGCGGCAUUAUCAAGAGAGAGACAAAGAGAGAGAAAGAGAGGGAAAAAGAGAGAAGGAAUCAGCAUCACGUAGCUCGAUGGACCACGAGAAGUUUAACGAGAGAAGGAACGGGGACGGUAGAAAUUGCUGGAGACGACAUCUAGGGAUAGAACUCGGUCGUUGAAAAUUGGAAGAGCGAGGCGUAGCCACGACUUGGAAACGGGUGAUGAUCACGGGGUAGUUCCUGGAAAAUAUGGGAGGAUUCACGUACUCGACCACUCGGGGACGGACGUCUUUUGUACUUUUAUAAAAGUAUCAUCGUCGUCGAAGUGCGCUCGGGACCAAUCGCUUAGCUUCCUUCCGUAUUAAGGCUGUAUCGAUCAUCUUCAUCCUUCUUGUUAUCGGUACUCGAAAGAAUUGGUGCCUUGGCUGAUUCGCUUCGGUAUUUGCAGCACGAAACCCGAGCUCAAAGAAUUUUCUCUCUUUCUCUCUUCGCCGAAAAGAAAAACGAAUUGUAAAUUAGGAAAUUGUCAGAUAUUUUCCUUCUGAUCGGAUAAUUGCUUUGAUAACGUCUAAUUGAUAACGACUGUUGAAGAAUGAUUAAAAUAAGUCUCAACAAAAUAGAAACAUCUUCGACGUUGAUUUGGCAUUUCAAUUUGCACGGCAAUUGACUGAGCAAAAGGAAUUAUUGUUUUUUUCCACUUUGUUUAUACGGAUCUUUGAAAUUAUUCAAUAAUUUCAAAUCUUUAUUUAAAUUUCAAAGGAUUUAUAGGAUAAAGUAAGAGACAAUUUCUUCGUACAAAGGCAUCGUUUCGCAUUUCUUCGUCAAAGCAUCGAAUGCAUCACUCAGACACUUAUUGACCAGCCUUCAAGAAGAACGGUGCCUUGCUCAUUUUUCGGCCAUCCUUAAAUUGAACUUCGUAUGUCGUGAAAACGGCGGGAGAAAGAAGACUUGCGCAAUUUCUGAUUGCGCACAAUUUAUUGGAUAUCCUUCGUUGGUAAUUGCGGGACAUGUUCAUCCCGAUGUAUCGUCCACGAGAAAUAUGAAGCAUCGCGCUGUCUCUAUUUUCGGCGAGAUUUUCACAAAACGAGGAUCCUGAUUUCUACGGAAUGAAAUCGUUGAAAGUAAAGCUAACGCGCGCAAAAUGUGAACGAGGUCAUCCUUCGGUUCCGACUAUUUCGCAACGAAUAAAUGGAAUUGCUUCACUGUAGCGUAGCGACGUCGACAUCACAAUAGGAACCUGAGGUCAGGACAGAAAAGAUACGACGUGAUAAAUAUCGGAAGCUGCCAAUGUGAACACUAAUCCUUUUUCGGAAACGGCAAAGUCCGAUAAUUAAUAGUAUUCAACGGAUUGCGAAAUAUACAAACUUUUAAUUCAGUUAUAAACGAAGUAAUCCAAGUCUUUCGAGAAUAAUCAAAACCAUCACUGCCAAUGAAAGCUUAAUAAUUCUAUAUUGCCAGAUCAAAAGAGAAACAUAACGUCACAAUUUGAGAAAAAUAUCGACACUCGUCGUUACUUAGCUAUCGCCAUCUUGUAAAAGUAGGCGCGCGCGUUAAAGAGAGAGAGAGAGAGAGAGAGAGGCGGGAGGGAAGAAGGUGCAGAAAGAAAAACAGAGAGGUGGACAAAUCCGCACCGAAGUCGGUGAUAUGUGUCGCGCUGGCUCCCGGAGCCUCGAUGACCUCAACCCCGCGAGCAUGAAGCACCCAUCGAGGUCAGCGGGUCUCGAGGUUGCUAUGGCGCUCUUCGGCAUGGUUUGGCUGCUGCGUGUCCGCUCUGAGAUGCGUCGUUGCUCGAAAUGUCGGCACGAGGAGAUGCUAGCUCAGCAGCAGCAGCAGCAGCAGCAGCAGCAGCAGCAACAGCAUCAGCAGCAGGCGCAGCUGCAGCAGCAACAGCAGCAGCAGCAGCACCAUCAUCACCACCAGCAUCACCAGCAGCAACGUACCCUGUCGCAGGGUACCAGCCUGCUGCAGACGAUGUCCGACGACGGCGUCAGCUCUUCAGCUAAUACCCUCUUUACGUUGGACACUCCUGGAGCGGCUGGCCCGGCCGGAAGUUACUGCGAAGUGCACGGAUAUGUUCAGGCGAAAGAAGAUAUCCAGGAGUUUUACGAGCUGACGCUGCUCGACGAGUCGAAAUCGGUGCAGCAGAAAACGGCGGAGACGAUCCGCAUCGCGGACAAAUGGGAAGCCAGCGACGGGCCAAUCACGCCGACCUUUGCCCAGAACGACGAUGGGCCAGCCUCCGCCUUGCCGUUGACCCAGACUCUGUCGAACAUUUAUGGCCGCAGAUCGGCCAGUCCCGAUGUUCCAGGCUCCGAUCUAGACGAGACUCAGAAAACGAGGUUUGAUGGUACGGGGGUGGAGGAACAAUUACCACCGCCGCCGUCGCCACCCCAACUGAAAGAGGCGGCCCAGCUGGAUGGAGUUCCCAGACUGAAUUCAGUUGACCGUAUACUUCAUCCAGAUGGUAUUCCGCACAUCAGUGAGAAUAAGAGUCAUGACAGCUGGCAAGGACACGAUAGUGACCAGGCACACACUCCUCUUCUCGCGGCCGACACGAGACACGUGAACGGCGACGACGAAUGGGACUACGAAGACAUCAUUUUGGAGCGGGGCGGGGCGGGCCUAGGUUUCAGCAUCGCCGGCGGCACAGACAAUCCCCAUUACGGCAACGACACCGCCAUUUACAUCACUAAGCUCAUACCGGGCGGUGCAGCGUCUGCGGACGGUCGGCUGCGUGUCAACGACACGAUACUGCAGGUGAACGACGUGUCCGUUGUCGACGUACCGCAUGCGGCCGCCGUAGACGCGCUCAAGCGAGCCGGCAACACCGUCAAACUGUAUGUACGCCGACGGAAACACACGCAGUUGAUGGAGAUCGAGCUGAUCAAGGGUAACAAAGGCCUUGGCUUCAGCAUCGCCGGCGGUAUCGGCAAUCAACAUAUACCAGGUGACAAUGGAAUCUACGUGACCAAAAUCAUGGACGGCGGGGCCGCCCAAGUGGACGGUCGCCUCGUCGUCGGCGAUAAAUUGGUAGCCGUCAGGAACGCUCUGCAGGGCGAUAAAAAUCUGGAGAAUGUGACACAUGAAGAGGCAGUGGCGACCCUGAAAGCGACCCAAGAUCGCGUCGUACUUUUAGUUUCAAAGACGGAAAGUGGUAUCAUGCCCCCGCCACCUCUUCCUCCAAUAGCGACGGACAAUUCUCUCUCACCUCAGCCACGUAAGCAAAACGGGUCCGUGUCCGCAAUGGAAAACAACACUGCGGCGGUACCAUACUCGCAAGAAUCACGCCACGCGUCCUCUCUGGCUCUGCACGGCACCGGAACACCGCGGGCAGUUUCCCAGGAGGAUGUCUCACGAGAGGUGCGUACCGUCGUAUUGAAUAAAGGCUCCUCAGGUCUGGGUUUCAACAUCGUCGGCGGUGAAGAUGGCGAGGGCAUCUUCAUCUCAUUCAUUUUAGCCGGAGGUCCGGCUGAUCUCAGCGGUGAAUUACGCAGAGGCGAUCAGAUAUUGAGCGUUAAUGGUAUCAAUCUCCGAACAGCCACCCACGAGGAAGCUGCUGCGGCUCUCAAGGGUACUGGUCAAACAGUGACAAUCGUGGUGCAAUACAAGCCGGAGGACUAUAACAGAUUUGAGGCGAAGAUCCAGGAUCUUAAACAACAAAUCUCGCAACAGAAUGUGAUGACAGGCACCCUCAUGAGGACCUCCCAGAAGAAAUCACUCUACGUGAGAGCGUUGUUCGAUUACGACCCCAACAAGGACGAUGGUCUGCCGAGCCGCGGCUUGGCAUUCCGUUACGGCGAGAUCUUGCACGUGACGAACGCCAGCGACGACGAAUGGUGGCAGGCAAGAAGAGUCACUCCACAGGGCGAGGAGGAAGGCUUGGGUAUAAUACCCUCGCGCAGACGAUGGGAACGUAAGCAGCGUGCUAGAGACCGCUCUGUCAAGUUCCAGGGACACAUGCCAGUCAUUCUUGAUAAGCAAUCAACACUAGACCGGAAGAAGAAAAACUUCUCGUUUAGCAGGAAAUUCCCAUUCAUGAAGAGCAAAGACGACAAGUCCGAGGAUGGCUCCGAUCAGGAACGAACGCCCACCACACCCGAGAAUGAGAACGAUCCCACCCCAUUCAUGCUGUGCUACACCCAGGACGACACUAACACUGAAGGCAGCGAAGAGACCGUGCUCUCGUACGAGGCCGUGCAGCAGUUGACGAUACAGUAUACGCGUCCCGUGAUCGUACUCGGACCGCUCAAGGACCGCAUCAACGAUGAUCUCAUCUCCGAGUUCCCUGAUAAAUUCGGCAGCUGUGUUCCACACACAACUAGGAGUAGAAGAGAAUACGAAGUGGACGGACGUGAUUAUCACUUCGUGGCGUCGAGGGAGCAGAUGGAGAGGGACAUACAGAAUCACUUGUUCAUAGAGGCCGGACAAUAUAACGACAAUCUUUACGGAACAUCCGUUGCGUCUGUGCGAGAAGUGGCCGAAAAGGGCAAGCACUGUAUUCUUGAUGUGAGUGGGAAUGCUAUCAAGAGGUUACAAGUAGCACAACUUUAUCCUAUUGCCAUCUUUAUCAAGCCGAAAUCGGUGGAAUCUGUCAUGGAGAUGAACAAGAGGAUGACCGAAGAACAAGCAAAGAAGACGUACGAACGUGCUCUCAAGAUGGAGCAAGAAUUUGGUGAAUACUUUACUGCCGUCGUUCAAGGAGACACUCCCGAGGAGAUCUACGUAAAGGUGAAGGAGGUCAUCUCUGAGCAAUCAGGACCGAAUAUUUGGGUUCCCUGCAGGGAUCAGCAGCUGUGACGUCCUGCCCCCUAUGCUCAGCACGGGCCCAACGCCUGGACUCUGCCACCGAGGCGACAAGCUUAAUUAUUCACGAUAAAUACGAUUAAGUAACGCUCUAACACCUCCUUUCCUGAUCCCUCCUUCCCGUAUCCCAUAUCCAUGUAGCACAAAAUUCCUACUUAAGACACGUAACGCGACGUAAGAUGCCGCAAAGAAUUUAAGCCGAAAGAAUACUUAAACGAUGGGGCACACGAUAUCACCGGCCAUUUCCCCGUGGAGAAUUGAUAAAGUCAGUCGGGACGCGUGAUUUAUUCUCCUCUAAGUUCAAAAUCUAAUGGAAGAUUGUCGAAGGAAAACCGAGGAGAGUUGGGCACAUUCGCGCGUGCUCAUCGUGUUGAAUGUUAUCGUGACUUAUGUCUCUGAUAAAAAAGAAAAAAAAAGCCGGAGAGGAAUUCGUAACUUUUAUCGCAUGAUCGUUGAUUAUUCGUGUGUGUGAUCGUCCCUAAUUUUAUUAAUUAACCUCACGAGAGAAUUUAGAGGCGUUGUACAAUUGUUCGAAAAGAUUAGAUUGGCAUACGCCGAAACCGAGUUGGCGCGGGCAACUCGGAAGAGUUCUCUCAAACUCAACCGAGCUAUCAGCUGCGAAAUGCGAACGCUUUCUCGCUCAGACUCGGGCGCGGUAUUUUUUAAUGUACUUAAGCGCAAUUAGCGCGCCGGGAACGUCGAGCGAAUUCGACGAACUCGACGGAAAAGGGGGAACCGCGGGUAGGAGAAAAAACCGUAGGCCCAGCGACGUUGUGUAUGUGUUAAUGAAAACCUCACAGGAUUAAAAGAAACAGUAAAAAAGAAAAAGCAGAAAAAAAGAGAAAAGAAACCUCACAGGACAAAUCUUUAGAUGCUAGAUACACAUAACGAUAUAUAAUGUUUUGUACAGCUAGAUGAUUAAGCCAGUAAUUGGGUUAUGUGCAACAUUAUAUUUGUGGAAUGGGCAAUGCGAGGAGAAAAAGAAAAGAAAGUGAGAAAGAGAGAGAGAGAGAAAGCAAAAAAAAAACACUAUUGUAAUUUAAAUAUCACUACUAAAUUAUUACUAUUAGUAGAUAUUAUUGUAAAUACAUAUUACAUACUCGCGUGUAUCAAGACGAAGGAGCGUAGUAAGCGAAGAUAAGGAAUAAAGAAGAAGAUAUAUAAAGGAAGGAAGAAAGGUCUGGCAAGGCUUUUCUUUCAUGAGCGUCUCAGCUACAUGAUGUCACUUAGCAUCGUGAUGAGAUAUGGAAUUUUCACGCCGAUCAGUCACGCUCCCGUAGAAAGCUUCAGCGCGAGCGUAGGUGUAUGCCGCUCCUUCGUAUUUUAAGAUAUAGUUCUUGACACCGAAUCAGCAGCCGUCGCUGAUCGAACGUGAGGUUUAGCUUGCACGAGAUUUUCAGCAUAACCGGCUGAAGAAGAGAAAAAGAAAAAAGUUACGCUCGAUGAAGUACUUACCACGGGGGAGUCGCGAAAGGUGCAAACGGACAAAACUGCAGCGGUUCGAAAAAAAAAGAAGCCAAUCGAGUUUCGUCGUUCGAAUACUGAGAACUGAAUUUCGCUGAAACUAUAAGCGGAGAUUCUUCAUUCAAUGAACUCGCAUCUAGAAUGCGGCUUUCAAAUUCCUCGCUUGGUCUUCACUCGUUCAUCGGCCUGUGAGCUCGCGAUCGCGUGCCACUACGCACGAUGCUUUGUCCGCUUGCUCCUUCCGUUUCCAUAGCACUAAUCAUGCGCGAGAAGGUACGAUAAUUGAUUCUCCCAGUGGAACGCGAGCGGGAAGUCGAAUUGUUGCGAACACGAGGUGUCAUAACGGUAAUUUAAUUGUAAUAUAGCCGCAUUAUUGUCGUGAUAUGGAUACGCGUGAUGCGAGUGGCGAUCACGAGAGACAAUGGCGAUGAUGAUGAUGAUGAUGAUGAUAAUGAUGAUGAUGAUGAUGAUAAUGAUGUUGACGACAAUGAUGAUAACGACAAUGAUGAUGUAGCCAACGUGAGCGGGCGCGACACAAGCGACGGUCAUUUCUGUCGCCUGGAAUAGAGCCGAACGUUUCCUUUUCCUUAUUUCCGUAGUAACGUAUACUCGCGGGGAACGAUAAUAUCGCGCGGAUACACGCUUUCGGACUAUUUUUUUCCUACCGCGAGUCCUAGAUUAUUAUUAAGCGCGAUUAUCAUGCGAGAUAGAACGAGGUACGAAGCGACGAGCUUCGGCUUGUGCCUGAAGGACAGAAGGCCUGGCUUCGCCGAGUUGAAAGAUGUCUGUCUCGAUGUAAAAGACCGUAUAUAAAGAGAAUAAUUACCGCAGACACCUAUUAUACACCUCUAUAGUCUAUUUAAUAAUAUUACUUAUUAAAUUGUCAAUCUCAUGUUCACCUUGUUUCAUCGUUUUUAAAUAGUUAAUAAACGUUUUACCAAUUUUA